UGACAUCACUUAGGAUUUGUCGCAGGCGAUACAAGGCGGCUGGACCGUCUUGUCCUAAAAGUUACUUGGUGUUUACAUUUUUUUAUUUACCAAGUUACCAACCCCUAUACUUCAAUCAUUUAUUUUUUAACCCUUUCGAAUCGGAAACUAAUGUUUUAAAAUGUCACCUGUUGACGAACUAGCUCUGCUGGAUUUCGACAGAUCUAACAAAGGGGCAUCUAAGCAGCGCCGGGAUCAAAUAAAUGCUGAGAUAGCCACCAUGCGAGACUUACUUCCCCUGCCAGAGUCGUCAAGACAACGGCUGUCUCAGCUCCAGAUCAUGUCGCUCACCUGCGUGUACAUUAGGAAAUGUAACGUCUUACACAAACUCUUUCGAUCCAAAUCUCAAGAACCUUUUCAUUUGCCAGAGUCAUUGGACUUUUUCCAGGCUUUGACUGGCUUUCUUCUGGUCACCACCAGGGAGGGAAAACUUUUGUACAUAUCUGAAAAUGUCACAGACUUUCUGGGUCACUCCAUGGUGGACAUGAAAACACAGGGGGACAGUCUGUUUGAUAUUGUUGACAAGAGGGACCAUGGCGCUGUGCGGGCACAGCUGUUCCAGGGAAGUUCCUUGGACGAGGAUUCUGCCUCAGAUGUGACCUUCUUUUGUAGGAUGAACAUGUCCAGGACGUUGAAGCGCCAGUCUGGUUUUGGGGAUGUGAAGGUGAUGCAUGUGCGUGGUCACUUUAUUCGCACCACAGCCACAGAGAGUCCUGCUGAGAGUGUGUUCAUGGCCACUUGCUCCCCCCUCAUCACCCCUGACCUGAAAGAAAAUCUCAUCCAGAACAACACAAUGGUCUUUAAAACUGUGCACCAGCUGGAUAUGGCCUUUGUUGAGAUCACUAAAACUGCUGAGUACCAUCUAGGCUACAGUUGUGAGGAUCUGAGCAACAAGUCAUGGUACGCCAUGUUGCACCCAGAAGACAUCCAUGAAGCAAAAGAUAAACAUUUGCAACUAAUUCGCUCUAACCAUGAGAUGGGCUGUAUGAUGACUGUCCGCAUGUUGAAGGCAGAUGGCAGCCUGCUGUGGGUCAACAUUGUCAUGCACGUCAGACAGGCCACAGCUGCCCAGAAUGACGACCCUUUGAUAGUGUGCAUCAAUCAAGUUAUUGAUGCCCAGGAAGCCUACCAAAUCAAAGUUCAAGGCCAUAUGUUCUCCGUGUUCCCAAACCGUCCCCAUGAACUGUGGGGAGGCCAACAGUCCGCAGUGAGCCCUUCAGACGCCAGCAGUGGUCAUUGGAUGCCCCCUGCCAUGAUGCCCUACCCCAGCAACAUUCCCAGCUACAUCUCUGGGCACCCCGCAGCCUACAAUGGGCUGUACAACCCAGUGGUCCCCCCCAUCAGGUUAAACAAGUCUGAGAUGGCCAAUGUCCAGUCAGACCAGCUCAAGGCUAUCCUCAAGAGAAAGAUCCAGGGCCAAGCUGGUUCUUGUAAGCCCAGCAAGGUGGCCAAGACAAGUUGGGAGGGCAACCCAGGAGGAGCCAGCUACUCCAGUACACAGCCAGGCAUUCCUCUGCUGGAAGACUUUGGACAGGUUGCUGCCCAUUCUGAAUGCCAAGGUCAGACAAUGCAGGUCCUACAGCCCCUCAACUACAGGGUGGGUGUGAUGACAGCCAAGCAGUGCAGCAGGUACUCCCCGCCCCUCAUGUCCAAGAUGUCCAGGUUCUCUGAGCAGGUGGUCCCUGAUGUCAACCUGCCUGACUCCUACCUCACCCCUGACCCCUCACCUAUUUCGUCUCCUGAGCCUUCGUAUGUCCAUGUGAAGAGUGAGGUGCUGGAGGUCAGGGAUGACCCUGGGAGAGUCAACAUCCUACAAGCUCUGGAGAAACUGGCAGCGCUGGAGAACUUGCCACCCAAAGCCCCAGCUAUCAGGCUGUGUGCUCAAGCAGGGAACACGGCCAGAAAAAGUAAGGAACUUGCAGGGAACGCAGCCAAGAAGAGUAAGGAACUUCCAGUUUUUGAUGCUAUUGAUAUUGAUAACUUUUUCGACACACUGAGAGCACCAUUAGCAAAAGCAUUGCCAGAGAUGGAAGUUGUGCCACAGGACAUGCCAGAGCUUUGUGACAUCAAGAGCGAGUGCCUGGAGCUGGCUGUAGAAAACAUACCCAACUUUGCAGCAUUGAAAGAGGAGCGGUCAAGCCCAGUCCAUGUCCCCUCUAUGUUGUCUGGCCAACAGGAUCUUGAGCCUGCAGUCAUGCCAGAGUCGUACUUGCUUCCUACCCCAGACUUCCAGACGGCUGCUGAAGGAAGGCCCAGAGCUCUGACCCCUGCAGGAGCCCAGGAGAACCUCCAGGACCUGCUCAGCUAUUUCUCUGAUGACGGCAUGUCACCACUGCACAUGAGCGGCUCACUGCUGGACAGUUCGGCCUCUGAUGACCAGUUCACCCAGUCCUAUCAGAAACCCUUCUUCAUGGAGUCCCCAUGCAGCUUGCCACUUGACCAUAUGGAAGGGGAGUUGAGUCCACAGUCCAAUACCUCUUCGCUGGCCGGAGAGGAUGACUAUUUGGAUGAUCACUCCACUUUCACCUUGGAUCUGGCACUCAAUGUCCUCCAUGUUCAGCAGGACAGAGAGGACCUGUGUCCAAUGAAAGAGCGGGAUGUCCUCACCAUGCCCGAGGACUUGAAGCUGGACUUCAUGACAGAGUUUUUCUUGCCACCACAGGGUUCCCUGAUCAAACACGGCCAGUAGGCUUCCUGUAGAGUACAACUACACCCCUCCACAAAGUAUGGCAUAUUGUCAUUCAUCUCUAACCAGGCUGCUGGAUCAGCUGACAGUGACAUCAGGCCCAUGUCACCAGUGCACUGCCGGACAGUGACGGUGACAUCUGCUGUCAUCAAGCUGCAGGACAGCGGCAAGAAGACAAAUGUCUUGCUGUUUGAAGACUUUGUCUGCUUGACAACUUUUACAAACUUUACCUCCAGAUGAGUCGAAUGGCUGCGUCUGUCUUUUUGUAGCUCCAGUAGAUUUCAUGCCUCUUGUUAUUUGUAACAAAUGAUUGGACCAAAAGAUUGAAACAUAAUGUUGCAUAAUGAUUCCUCAAAGCUUUAUCAAAGUUUACAAUUCACUAUUUUCAUUGAUACAAAUUUUAAGCAUUCCAAUUUAUUUAUUUUUAAAUUUUUCGCUUUGCUUUUAUUCAUCUUUAUAAACAUAAUUUUUUUUAAUGAAAUCAUCAAUGCUCAAAAUGAAAGAUACCUUUUUUUUAUUUACCUGUAGCUUUAAAAAGCCAAUGUUUAGAUCAUACAGAUAAUGUUACCUGUGUGUUGAUCACUCAGGUGAUGUUACCUGUGUGUUGAUCACUCAGGUGAUGUUACCUGUGUGUUGAUCACUCACGUGAUGUUACCUGUGUGUAGAUCACUCAGCUGAUGUUACCUGUGUGUGAUAAUGAUGUUACCUGUGUGUUGAUCACUCAGGUGGUGUUACCUGUGUGUUGAUCACUCAGGUGAUGUUACCUGUGUGUUGAUCACUCACGUGAUGUUACCUGUGUGUAGAUCACUCAGCUGAUGUUACCUGUGUGUAGAUCACUCAGCUGAUGUUACCUGUGUCUUGAUCACUCAGGUGAUGUUACCUGUGUGUGAUAAUGAUGUUUGAUGUGUGUUGAUCACUCAGGUGAUGUUACCUGUGUGUGAUAAUGAUGUUUGAUGUGUGUUGAUCACUCAGGUGAUGUUACCUGUGUGUAGAUCACUCAGGUGAUGUUACCUGUGUGUUGAUCACUCAGGUGAUGUUACCUGUGUGUUGAUCACUCAGGUGAUGUUACCUGUGUGUUGAUCACUAGGGUGAUGUUACCUGUGUGUAGAUCACUCAGGUGGUGUUCCCUGUGUGUUGAUCACUCAGGUGAUGUUACCUGUGUGUAGAUCACUCAGGUGAUGUUACCUGUGUGUGAUAAUGUUACCUGUGUGUUGAUCACUCAGGUGAUGUUACCUGUGUGUAGAUCACUCAGGUGAUGUUACCUGUGUCUUGAUCACUCAGGUGAUGUUACCUGUGUGUAGAUCACGCAGCUGAUGUUACCUGUGUGUAGAUCACUCAGGUGAUGUUACCUGUGUGUUGAUCACUCAGGUGAUGUUACCUGUGUGUGAUAAUGAUGUUACUUGCGUGUUGAUCACUCAGGUGAUGUUACCUGUGUGUAGAUCACUCAGGUGAUGUUACCUGUGUGUUGAUCACUCAGGUGAUGUUACCUGUGUGUGAUAAUGAUGUUUGAUGUGUGUUGAUCACUCAGGUGAUGUUACCUGUAUGUUGAUCACUCAGGUGAUGUUACCUGUGUGUUGAUCACACAGGUGAGAAUGUUUUUCUUAUAACUAUAUUAUAAACAAACAUUUUGUUGUUUCAUCUUUAAAUGUCAUGAGCAAAAUGUCAGAUGACUUGUUUACUUGUCUUAUUAAUGUCAUAUGACUUUUAUUGUUCAUUGUGCUCUCAUUUUAAUAUUGGAUGACUUUUUGACUUGAUCAUCAUCGCACAACCAAAGUCAGAUGACUUAGAUACUGUGUAUAUCUAUCACCCUCAUAAUUUUCCUUUAUGCAUUUGACUUUAGAUUGUUGGCUUUAAAUGUUGGCUAAAUUUUCAAUUUUUAAUCAUUGAUUUAACUUUCAUGUGCAGGUCACAUGACUGUUUGUGUCUUAUAUUCUCUGUGAUGAUAUGCCAGCAGCUUGAGACAGGUACAGUGACACAUUUGACAUCUGCCCUCACUGACAAGAGUGGUCUCAUGUACGUUGACUAAAUCUUUUCCUGGAUAUAGGGCAGUAGCGGGGUCUAGCCAAGUUCUCUCCCAGAGGAUAUUUUCUGUAUUUUGACUAUUUGUUUUGACUCUACGCUGGCCGUAGAGGUGAGAAAACAAAGUUCAAAGGUACGGCCUUGACAUUGUAUGCUGGACAUACUCUUGGCUUAGUUAAAGUAUGCAUAAUUCUAGGGAGAUGGUCCCCAUAAUUCUAGGGAGAUGGUCCCCAUAAUUCUAGGGAGAUGGUCCCCAUAAUUCUAGGGAGAUGGCCCCCAUAAUUCUAGGGAGAUGGCCCCCAUAAUUCUAGGGAGAUGGCCCCCAUAAUUCUAGGGAGAUGGUCCCCAUAAUUCUAGGGAGAUGGUCCCCAUAAUUCUAGGGAGAUGGCCCCAUAAUUCUAGGGAGAUGGUCCCCAUAAUUCUAGGGAGAUGGCCCCCAUAGAUCUAGGAAGAUGGUCCCCAUAAUUCUAGGGAGAUGGUCCCCAUAAUUCUAGGGAGAUGGCCCCCAUAAUUCUAGGGAGAUGGUCCCCAUAAUUCUAGGGAGAUGGCCCCAUAAUUCUAGGGAGAUGGUCCCCAUAAUUCUAGGGAGAUGGCCCCCAUAGAUCUAGGAAGAUGGCCCCUUACCGUGACUUAAGAAGGAAUCAGCGAGAAAGUACCUAGUGUCUAUACUGGUAUGCUGGCACGCCUGGGGCCUGGGUAUUUUCUCCAGGCAUUCACUUUGUAUGGUCACCAUUAUCUAACAACUGGUCAUAGCGAUGGCCAGUCUAAAGACCACUCUACCACCUGUCUAGUUGUCACUGUCCAACUUGAAGUCACCUGACUGAUUAAGUUACCUGAGUGACAGUCACCUGACUGAUUAAGUUACCUGGCUGUGUGUGUUAUACCUGCCUUUGAUGUGUUGUAUCAGCCUCUCUUGUUGCAAGUUUUGUGUUUUCAUGUGCCUUCAUGUUCACUACCGCACUGAAUCUUUGUUGCAAGUUUUGUGUUUUCAUGUGCCUUCAUGUUCACUACCGCACUGAAUCUUUGGUCACCCAGAGUGUACCCAUCAAUAAAACAUUUAUCCUCA